AGGUGGCGCUUUCCGUCUCCUGACACGGCUGCCCUCAAGGAUCCGGCGGAUCGCAAGCAGGAGACGACAUUGAAGGCCAUUUCCGUUACUACUGGUGCAUUACUCAGACCUGCUGUGGCGUCGGCGUGGGACACUGCAGAUUACCUAAAGGAUGCGGCGAGGAAUAUUGGCCUCUUGGGAUCAAGAGCCAAUGCCAUGGCGGACGGUCUCAGCCAGGAGGGCGCUGUGGAUUCAUCAAUGGAAUGCUGAUGCAGACUCCAAGAAAGCUAUGGAAGCUCUUCCGUUUAAAGUUUACACAAAAUUAAAAGGUCAAAAUGGGACUGCCAGAAACAGCUGGUAAGGUUACGCCUGCAACACACAGCCAAUCUACCAACCACACCACUAGUAGGAGACCACAUCAACACAAAGUACUGGAGAAAUCUGCUCAAUCAAGGAAAGUUCAAAAGCCACCAAGUACCAGUGAACCGUUGAAAUUACAUGAUAAACAAGGCAUCUAUCCAACAACACGAAGCACCAAGAAUCAUGAAGCCUCCUCAAGUAGUGCCAGAAGAGCAGCCGGCGGUAAUCAGCACACAACAGCCUCAAAUGCAGCUGGAGAUUCCCAGCAAAUACAUACAGCUCCUUUCGUCACUACCCAAGGGAAAAAACUCUCUGCACCUGAAACUCAAAGUGAGCUGUCUAAAAGAGAUAUAGAGAAAAUAGAAAGACAGACCCGUGGCCAGAGAGAGAAUCAAGACUGGCACUACUGGCGCCAAAAUCGCAUAACGGCUUCAUUGGCACAUCAGAUAUCGCACAGUAGAUUUGCAAAUAAAAAAACUGAAGAUAUUCCACAAUCCUAUCUGAAGGCUGUUCUGGGCUCAGGAUCCACAGUUCAAACAACUGCCAUGAGUUGGGGCAUCAGAAAUGAGAAAAAAGCUGUGCAAACCUAUGAAAGAAUGGCUGCAAAGGAUAAAGGCUGUGAAGUGCAGGUAGAAGAGUGUGGUUUAUUCAUACAUCCAACCAAGACCUGGCUGGCAGCAAGCCCCGAUGGGAUAGUGAAAGAUAAACACACAGGAGAGAAGCUUUGCCUCUUAGAGGUGAAGUGUCCAUAUAAACACAAAGAACACACAAUUGAAGAGGCUUGCAAGGACCGCAAUUUUUGCUUAGCACUUAAUGGAGAUUCCUAUAUCCUGAAGCUAAAUCAUGCCUAUUAUACGCAAGUACAAUGUCAGCUGGCAGCCACAGGGAUGAGCAGUGCAGACUUUGUUGUGUACACAAACAAAGAGACUGCAAUCAUCCCUGUGAAAUUUGACCCAGAAUUUUGGGAAAUGACAGAACCAAAGCUGGAGAAAUUCUAUGUAGAAGCUGUACUGCCUCAUGCAAAGAAGAUGGACGCACAUGGAAAAGAACCACAAAACACUGAUGUGUAUGUACCAGAGGAGUGAAGGAGGGAAGAGAGCAGGGAGUGGAGAAGUAUGAAGUACAAUUACUGUUUGAGAGCCAGAGAUCUGCAAUAUAGACCUGGGUUCUGGAUUCAUAAACUGCUAAUUAUGUAUUGGAAAUAAUGUAGAAGCCACCAGAAGAACAGCGUUCUCUACUCAAUUCCAAUUGAUCUAAAUUUGUAAAUACACAGAUUGAUCCAGGUAAUGGGUUGGACAGAGUGAUAUCUUAUACUGUAUCUGCAUAAUAGUGUGACAGAAGUAUACAAAUCUUGUGGUAUUGAGACACAACACAUACAGUAUAUGGGUAUCCAAUAAAACAAAAAAAAAAGGUUAUUACAGGUUGAGUAUCCCAUAUCCAAAUAUUCCGAAAUACGGAAUAUUCAGAAAUACGGAAUUUGAGUUAGAUAGUGAAACCUUUGUUUUCCGAUGGCUCAAUGUACACAAACUUUGUUUAAUACAAAGAUAUUAAAAAUAUUGUAUUAAAUGACCUUUAGGCUGUGUAUAUAAGGUGUAUAUGAAACAUAUAUGAUUUGUGUGAAUGUACACACACUGUUUAAUACAGAGUAUAUGAAACAUAAAUGCAUUCUGUGCUUAGAUUUAGGUCCCAUCGCCAUGAUAUCUCAUUAUGGUAUGCAAUUAUUCCAAAAUACGGAAUAAUCCGAUAUCCAAAAUACCUCUGGUCCCAAGCAUUUUGGAUAAGGGAUACUCAACCUGUAUCAUGAUUUUAGCCUGAUGGUCAUUAUCAGGCAUCCAAUUAUAGCCCUUUUUAUUUCCAGGUGAUCACACAUGGGAUCUGGGAUAAAUUCCCGAUCCCAUGUAUUAUUGCGGCUGUGAUGGCCUGUUAUCAGGGAUUAUGCUUGUGUGCUUGAGGCACGUGAAGCAUAAUCCCUGAUAAAUGCCGGUUAUUGGGGCUAAUUGGGGUAAAUCACUGCAGCUAAUUGGAUUACUGUUUUCUGCUUGGUAACUGACCACAUGUUCAUCAUUGUUUUCGCUUACAUUUACUCUUUCAAUUUUGGAUGACACAGUUGUAUAAAGGUAGUCACAGUAUCAUUAAUCGAAGAAAAAGAAAUGUGUACCAAGAACAUGAAUGCAAUGUUUUUACAUCUAUUAGUGCAUGCAUUGCUUUCAGCAGUAUUAAAGCUUGAUCAGUGCACUUAGGGACACCUGUGAAAAUAGUAAGUAUGUUAGCCAAGAUUUCCAAAGGAUCGAUCGAGAGGAGCAUUUAUGGUACACAGAUAUGUGUAAAAUGUUUCAGUAGGGAACGACAACACUCCUAUGAGAGACACAGGGCCUGCUUCAGAGUUAAGAGCAAAUAAAACAAAACCAUGCUGCUCUACAGGUGGGGAGGAAUUAGAAUGUGCAGAUUUAAGGUGCCCAUACACUAGUGCGAUUUCGCCCGAUUUCAUCAGAUUUUGAUGUUUCAGGCUGAUAAAUCAGAUGCAAACUGGCAAAUUGCAUGUGUUUUACCUCUGAUCCGAUGCAUGGUCCCGUGAGCAUCAGAUUGGAGCCCCUAGAUUGAAAGUACUGCACUAUAGAUAUAUCGUACCGGCAGCCUUGGUUGGGGUCGCAUACGAUACAUUGUAUGCAAAAGUACUGCAUAUGUAACAGUGAUCGUAUGCGACUUCUCCCCUCCGAGAAGUCGCAUUAGUGUAUGGCCAGCUUUAGAGUUGGGAAUGGCGUGUCCUAGCUUAACUCUACAUUGUAGCGCAAAAACAAAGCUGGCCACUAUUUAAUUACAUGCAAAACUAGCCUUCCCUGCAUGCAGAAAGUAAAUGCAUUUCCUCCCUUUUCAUUGCAAACUGGAUCGAACCAGAAAUAAACUGCUAAUUUUCCCCCCCCAUUUGUUCUAAACUCUGAAUCAGGCCUCUAACUUCAAGGACUUUCGAGCUGUUUACAGAGGGGACUGUAAAUCAAUGCUUACUUUAGAAACAGAUUUUCAAAAUGACAUACACAGUGGCGUUAAUAUUCAGCAUUUCACAAAGGUGUGGGAUCUGGUCUGAAUUCAGCAGUGUCCCUACCCUUC